AUGAUAGGCACGUUGCUCACAGGCCGUGUAGUUCAAAUUACUGAUAAAUUAGUUGCUUUAGAAACUAAAUUAGGAUGGACUGUACAGGGACCUAUUCAAGCUACGUCAUGUCUUUCUGUCAUUAACAGCAAUAUUAUAAAUGUAUGUCAUUGUACUUUUGAUAUUGCCGAUUUAUGGAAGUUAGAGACAAUGGGUAUUUCUGACCCAGAAGUGGUAAAAAAGCGUAAUGAAACUGAUUUGGAAAUAUUAGAAUAUUUUAACAGUACAGUCAGGCUAAAUAAUUAUGAUAGGUAUGAAGUGAACCUUCCUUGGAAAGAUGGUGGAUAUAAAAUGCAGCUUGUGACUAAUUAUGAAAUUGCAUUGAAACGAUUAAAGUCGACUACUACUAAAAUAACUCAAUUGGGGAUACUCAAGGAAUAUGAUGAAGUUUUUAAAGAAUGGUUGCACAGUGGUAUAAUUGAGAAAGUAAAUAAUCCGAAUUCAAAACAAGGUCAUUAUCUGCCACAUCAUGCUGUUAUUAAGGAAUCCAGUUUAACAACAAAAAUUAGACCUGUAUUUAAUGCAUCAGCAACUCAAAAAGGUAGUAUUUCUUUGAAUAAUUGUUUGGAAAAGGGUAAUAAUUUGAUAGAGCUUAUUCCACCCUUAUUGAUUAAAUUUCGAAAAAAUGCUAUCGGUAUUACGGCUGAUAUAAAAAAGGCAUUUUUACAAAUUUCAUUAAAACCCGAUGAUAGAGAGUACUUAAAAUUUCUUUGGUGGAAAGACGUCAAUAAAACAGAUGGAGGUAUGGUAACGUACCGUCACUGCAGAGUGGUCUUCGGAGUAACGUGUAGUCCCUUCCUUCUUUCAGCAACCAUUUUAUACCAUUUAAAUAAGUACGAUAACCAUACAGCGAACGUACUGAAAAGUGCAUUUUAUGUCGAUAAUUGUGUAGUAAGCGUAGAUAGUAAAAAAGAGAUGGAAACCUUUAUAAGCGAGUCAAAGUCAAUUAUGCUUAAAGGAGGUUUUGAGUUACGAUGCUGGGUAACUGGACCACAUAUGGUAGAUAAAAAUGUUGAAACUAUAUCGGUACUAGGUUUAAUGUGGGAUCCAAAGCGAGAUGAGAUUUUUUGCAAAAUUCCUCAAUUCAAUUUAGAACGUAAAGUAACAAUGAGGACUCUUUUGUCAUGUACUCAUAGUAUAUUUGAUCCUUUGGGAAUUUUCUGUGCUGCGACAUUAUUACCAAGGUUGUUAAUUCAAAAGUGUUGGCAGGUAAAACUUAAUUGGGAUGACGAAGUACCUGAUUCUAUAGAAAAACCGGCAAAAGAAUGGAUGAAUCAAAUAGGUAUUUUACAGGACUGUCAUUUACCACGCCGUUUGAGUGACACAUCAUUAAAAAAUAGCAACAAAUCUUUACAUAUAUUUAGCGACGCUAGCCAAUUGGCUUAUUCAGCUUGUAUAUUCUUACGAUCAGAGUUUAAUGGAAUAGUGUCAGUAAAAUUAGUAUUAGCUAAAAACAGAAUAACUCCACCAAAACCAACUUUAACUAUACCUCGACUUGAGUUACUGUCCGCAUUGAUGGCAAGCAGACUUGCAGUUCAAGUUAAAAAAGCUAUGGAAUUAGAAUCGUGCAAAGAAUAUUACUGGUCUGACUCUAGUAUAGUUUUAUCCUGGUUUACUAAAACUGAUUUAAAUGUUUAUGUACACAAUCGGGUAAAAGAAAUUAAAGAGAAGACAAACGUAAAUAAUUGGCACCAUAUUCCAGGAAAUUUCAACCCCGCUGAUUUACCUUCGCGUGGUUGUAACCCUCAAAGUUUAAUUAAUAGUAAAUGGUGGAAUGGACCGGACUGGUUACGAAAACCAGUGUCAGAAUGGCCGUUCUCAGCAAUCAAUCCAGAUAUUAAUGAGGUAAACAAAGAGAUUAUUAAGAGGUGUCUUCUGGUUAAGAAACAUGAGAACUUUACUGAAAAUCUGACAUACUUUUCUGAUUUCAAUAAAAUUGUAAGAAUGAUAGGAUGGUGUUAUAGAUUUGUAAAUAAUUCAGGAAAGAAGAAUAAUAAACGACAUGGAAAUUUAAUUGCAGAAGAGUAUGAAUACGCGGAGAUGAAAUUAUUACAUUUAAUUCAGAAAGAGACUUUUAACGAGGAAUAUAUAAAAAGAUUGAAAUUAGAAACAUUUAGGGACGGUGAAAAUAUAGUAAGAGUAAAGACACGUGUGACAUUGUCGGACGAUACUAAUAAUUUUAUAAGACCAAUAUUACUACCAGGUAAAAAUAUAUUAAUAGAACGUCUAGUAAGGCUGAAACAUAAAGAAACAUUACAUGCUGGAUCUCAAACUUUAAUAAACUGCGUACGAGAACAGUACUGGAUUAUUGGAAUUCGGCGUUUAGUAAAAAGUAUUAUUAGACAUUGCGUUGCAUGCAGAAGACAUAAUUCUCGACCGUACACUGUUCACAGUGCACCUCUUCCGGCCGAUCGUGUUCGAUGUGGUGCUGCCUUUGAAGCUACAGGAAUCGAUAUGGCGGGACCCUUAUAUUUAAAAUCCGGUGACAAGUGUUGGGUUGUAUUGUUCACCUGCGCAACUUAUAGGGCUAUACAUUUAGAACUAUGUACAUCUUUAUCUACAGAAGAUUUUCUGUUGUCACUUAGGAGAUUUUUAGCACGUAGAGGUAGAGUACGUACUAUUUAUAGUGACAAUGGAACGAAUUUCCGUGGAGCGCACAGUUUAUUGAAUAAAAUCGAUUGGACAGAAAUAAGCAAGAAAUCUUCCAUUCAAAAACUACAAUGGAAAUUUAUACCCCCUAAUGCGCCGUGGUGGGGAGGAUUUUGGGAGAGACUGAUUAAAAUGUUAAAAGAGUUAUUGCGGAGAAUGUUGGGAAAAGCGGCUCUACAUUAUACAGAAUUAUUAACUAUCUUGACAGAAUGUGAAGCUAUUUUAAACAAUAGACCUCUUACAUAUAUUACGGAAAAUACGGAAAAUUUGAUGCCGUUAACACCUUCUAUGUUUAUAAACUGUUUAUCAUACGACGUUUCAGAUUUAGAUGAAGUAAAUACAGAAUCAUUAAAUAAUCGUUUAAAAUAUAUUCAGAAAUUAAAGAACGAUUUUAAAGUGCGUUUUAGGAAUGAAUAUUUAGCUAUAUUAGCCCAAAAGACACAAAAUAACAGAAUACAAAAGGGAUUACAUGUUAAAGUCGGUGAUAUUGUUCUUAUUGAGAUCAAUGAUACGAAGAGAGUUAACUGGCCGUUAGCUAUUGUGGAAGAAUUGUAUCCGGGGGUUGAUGGUCAUGAAAGAGUAGCUCGCCUCAAGACAACAUAUGGAGAACGCAUAAGACCAUUACAAAGACUUUAUCCUUUGGAAAUAUCCACAGUAGAUCCUAUUGCAAAAGAAGCAAUAGCGGUACUUCCUAAAACCACAAGAUCGGGGCGUGUAAUUAAAAUUCCACAAAGAUUACUCGUGUAA